GGCCGGCAACAGAGGCUCUGGCAAGUGCUGUAGCCGCUUCCCAAGGACCCGAGAAACCGCCUGGUCCCCAGGGGCUGCGUGUCUUAGCCAGGUAGAAGGCCAAGUCUGGCUGCCUUCUGGCCGGCCUCCUAGGCUGGGCCUUGAACAGGUAUCUCCAAUCCGCUUGGGCCCGGGGGCUGCUAGGCCACUGAAGAACGCCACGCCUCUGCCUUCAAAGUCCUGUAAACCACCGGUCUGCCUCAGCGCCUUUUCUAGCUCUGCCUCUGAUUUGGGUUUCAGAAGCAGCCGCUUCAGGCUGGGAGGUGUGCAUCAACUCUCUCCUGAGUUCUUAACACAAGAGACAAAGGACUCAUGGCAGAAGUAGCCUGUGCUUCAAGUUUGUGCCAGUUUCCUAUGGUCCCUGGGCCUGCAGGGAUGACACAGGAAAAUGUCUGAUCAAGAGGAACAGUUGGAUGUUUGGGGCAUAGUUGAAUCCACAGAAGAAAGUGAUGAUGCUAUUGACAUUAUCAAUAUCCCAGUUCCCUCAGACACACUGGAAGAGUCAGAAUUAACUGAAGAAAAUGGAUCUGAAGAAGAACAAUUCACUACAGGUCAUGCAACAUCCAAAGACCAAAGUUACCAGAGUGCUACAAGUCCAGAAUCAAAUGAAGAAGAACUCGUGGUAGAGACUAUAUCUCCAAGACAAGCUUCUCAUACACUGAAACUUGAAGAAGAGCAGCACGCAAUGCAGCCAGACGAGCAGAAUCUAAGUGAUGAAAAUCUAGCCUUUCUGUAUAAGAUAAAGGCUAUAAAGGAGUCUUUGCAAAUAUCAAUUAAAGAUCCCUCAGCAACAGUAAAAGUUGUACUUAUUCCUGUGGGUCAGAAAAUUAUAAUGUCUUUUAAGGUUGACACCAUUUUAAAAUACCUUGGGGAUCAUUUUUCACGCUUAUUAGGUAUCCCAUCUUCUGAACUGCAGAUAAGUUAUGCAGGUAAAAUUCUUAGAAAUAAUGAGACUCUCAUACAGCAUGGAAUUAAGCCACAGGAAAGUGUACAACUGGAACUCUCUUCUCUAAAUCCGGAUCUAUAUCCAAUCAAAAGAAUAGUUACAUUAAAUGAUGUCUCUCGAAUCAUAACUGUCAUUGUACAAACUGGGAUUGAUCAGUUCCAGGAAGUACUUGUUGAAAUUGUAAAAUCUGACUUUCACAAGCCAUUUAUUGGUGGAUUUAGACAUAGAAUAACAGGAAUAGAAUAUCACAAUGCUGGAACACAGACUGUACCUAAAAAGAUUCCUGAGAAGCUUAAUUUAUUUUGUAGGGACACACAGACAGUUUAUCAGAGAAAAAAGAUCCAACAAACUACAAAUACAACAUCUACACAAAUGACUAAAAUUGGUCUGUAUGUAUCAAACAUGACUGAUAAACUUGUAAGCCCCGGAAAAUAUUUUUCAGCAGCAGAAUACCAUACUCAAAGAUUAAAGGCGAUUAUAGUAAUACAAACUUACUACAGGCGAUGGCAUGCUAAAAUCUUCACAGAGGAUUUAAGAAGACAGAAAAAGUUGAGGUUGGAAUGGGAAGCAGAGGAAGAAAUAAGGAAAGUAACAGAAAAAGAAGAAUGGAUGCAACUGGAUUAUUACCGCAGACAUAAUCCUAAAACAAAGGAGGAUUUUGAACUUCUUUAUAAUGCACUGGAACUCUGGCGGCAAGAAGAACUUACACGCAUUAACCAGUGUCUUACUGGAGCUGAAAGGAAAGCUGCUUUGUGCGAACUUUUGGAAAAAGAGACCCAGAUAAUUGCUUCCAUUGGGAGACAUAGACACAUUGCUCGUAUGGAGAGCCAGGAAGAAGUCAUACAAGCUUUUUUGGAUAAGUGUUCAAGUCCAAAGAUGUGGAGAAGACCUGAUGGUAAAUUAAUUGAGAUGGAUACACAGUUCACAAUCAGAGCCAGAGAGCUGCAAAACAUUUAUAAGUGCAUCAGGCUGCAAAAUAUCUCUCAAGAUGAGCGAUUGGAUAUACUCCUGACACUGAAGCACACUGUGAAGGAACAUGAAUGUGAACUGACCCAGGAAAUCCUAGAAUUGAUUGACAGAGAAGUUGACCUUAUGAUGAGAGGAGUCAAACCUCAGAACCUUGAAGGACUCAGAAAAAGAAUUACAACGCUCUUUUUUCAUUACAUAAAAACACCUCUGUUUAAUCCUGAAGCUGCAAGAUACCUUAAGGUUCCGCAAGACCCACUUAAGUUUUAUAAGAAGAUUUACUUUUGCCGUAGUUGCCAGCUGUAUCUGCCUUCUACAGAAUUUGCUGUUUCAUCUAUUUCACGCCAUGUAUUCAAGUGUCGUCACUGCGUUAACCUUGAGAAUGAGGCACAACGACGAGAAUCAUUUUUGAAAUAUAAAUGUUUACUUCAGCGGCUCCACUCUUCAGAAGCCAAUUAUGAUGAUGGUGCUCAAAUUGCUUUCUUGAUGCAGCUCCAAGAUAUUCAAUACCUGAUAGAGAACAUCUGGGCCCCCCAGUCUGUACUCAGUGCCUGGGGUGAUCUCAAUGAGCUGGUCAUGGUCAGGUGGGAUAAGGCCUUCGAGUGGUCCCCCUGGAAUUGCAUUCUUCUCACCAAAGACGAAGCGGCUGCUCAUCUCAAGCUAGAAAGUAUUGAAAAGGGAUAUGGACUUGUAUUUAUUCACAAAAUCAAACACAAACAUAUUCUGGCUAAGAACUACUUUUCUCAAAUUCCAGUGCUGGCGUCAUUUAUACUUGAUGGUGGUGAAAUGGAAGAGAUCAAAAGCAAAUAUCACACAGAUACAGCACCAAAAAUUAUAGAAGUCCAGAGACCUUGUCCUUAGAGGAUCCAGAAAUAUUUGAUGAUAAGAAUUUUUGUCCACUGCUGAUAGAGUAAUACAGAGAUCAUAUCAUAUGGAAA